AUGCUAAUGUCAGCGCUACGUCAGCACCUCCCCGUAGAAUCCGGGAAGUUCCGCAUCGCGCGGGAUUCGCGCGUGGGAUUGGUGAUCGUGGAUGAAGUCAACGGCUUUUGCACUCCCGGCGCGGGGAAUCUGGCCCCUCCUGUCAGAGACGAGCAGAUAGAGACCAUGGUGUCGCGAACAUCCUUGCUGGCCAAUGACAUGCUGACACGUGGCAUGCCUGUACUGGCCUUCCUGGACACCCACGAGGCAGACAAGCCAGAGCCACCGUAUCCCCCGCACUGCGUGCGAGGCACGGGGGAGGAGAAGUUGGUAGAGGCUCUGGCGUGGCUUGAGAAGGAAGCGAGCAGGGGAGGAGAAGCCGCUGCAGCAGCAGCUGAUGCUGAUGCCCGUGUGACCAGAGGCAGUGUGACUCUAAUGGAGAAGGACUGUAUUAACGGGUUUGUGGGCGGCAUGCAACCGGAUGGGACAAACAUUGUGACGCAAUGGGCGAUCAAGCACCAACUAGAACAUAUUAUCGUGGUUGGCAUCUGCACAGACAUUUGCGUCAUGGAUUUCGUGCUGACCGCACUGUCUGCCCGAAACCACGGGUUGUUUGGGCAGCAGCUAAAGGAAAUUGUGGUAGUUGCUCCUGCCUGCUCCACAUACAACCUGCCCCGGCCCGUUGCUGAGAGCCUUGGGAGGGGCGCCACUGCAUCGCAUCCUCAGGAUGCCACCCAUCACUUGGCCCUUGCUCAAAUUCCUCCGCUGACCUGGCCUGGCUGGCUGACGCGGCUCUAUUCUCCUGGUGCUGACGUGGCAGCGGCUGCAGGAGCGGACGAUGAGCCAAUCAUAGUGCCGGAGAUGAUUGAGGGCGCGGAGGUGGUGCCCAAGGGGCCGGACGCGGAAGACGCGGCGCUGCUGGACCGACUAACAGAGAUGGGAACCACUCUUAGCGAGCAGAUGGAGAAAGGGGUGGCCAUAGCAGAGGGAGAGGAGGCGGAUCUACUGGACGAGGUGGAGAGGGGCGUGGGGCUGGUGGAGGCCAUGGCUGCCCAGCCCAACGCCACCCUGUCAGAGCGAGCCAUGAUCAUGGCGCAGGCAUUGCUGCAGCAGGUGGAACAGGCAGAGGCGAUCAUUGCCAAGCGCAUGGCAGCGGGCAGCAGUGUGGCCUCUGUAACAUCCGCUCGAGAAGGCAUACUCGCUACAGUACCACUCGAUAAGAGCAUAAAGCGCACCGACCUGAAUGACUCGUUUCUCAACUACCACAAAACAAUCUACCCUGGGCAAGUGAAACUUCGCUGCAUGGGCGAACCCUGCCCGAACUUCGGCUCCUGCGGGGACUCCUUCCCGACCGUGCGCGCCUGCUUCCGCCCGGAAUUCGCCGACGAAAUUUACUACCGCCCGGACCAGCCGGAAAACUGCCCGAAAUUGUCGCACGCGAACGAGUCGGGGGAGCUUGGGGCGGAUCCGAGAUGCACGCACAAGACGGACCACCACUGGCAUGAUGCGAUGGUGUUUCAGCUGUUUGAGCUGCGCGGCAUGUUCAUCAAUGUCAAUGGGCUUGUCUUCAACCGCUCCCUGCACUUCGACCGCCAUGGCUGCUUUCGAGACCUCGAGUUUGACUACAAGGCAGGGGAGUCCCAGGUGAUGAAGCUGCACCGGGUGGUGUCACUCGCGUACAACCAUGCAGUGGCAUUCUACCACUCGCUCGUGGAGUUCUUCCCCCAGUUCCUCAUGCUUGCUGACCUGCUGCGCGCCAACCCUGACAUCCCCAUCCUCUUCCGCCGCAGCCAGCUGGCCUUCUACAACGAGAUGGUGAAGCACCUGGUGGGUCUGGAGACGACACAGAUGAACCUGAUAGUGGUGGAGGACACGCACCGCUCCAAGCUCAUUCACGCUGAUGUUGUCUACCAGCCCGUGUACCAGGGAUGCGGCAAGCCCAGCCCCAGCCUGUGGCGCCACCUGCGCCUCAACUACCUCCUCCCCCCCGACGGCCUGCCUCUCUUCUCCUCCCCCUGGCGCCUCCGCGCCCACUCCCCCGGCCCGUGGUCCGACGCGCGGGCUGCUGUGCUGCCAUCAAACUGGGUGGUGGUGAUGGCGAGGCGGCCGGGGAAUACAAGGAAGAUGGUGGGGUUCGAAGGGCUGCUGGAAGCAGUGGAAGGGAUGUUUGGGAAGGACAGGGUCGUCGUUUUCAACGGCUCGAUACCCAUCCUGGAAGCGCGGGCGCUGUUCAACCGGGCAGCGGUGUACAUCGCAUCACACGGGGCAGCCAUGGCCAACCUGGUCUUCAUGCCGUCCGCCUCCUGUGUGCUUGAGAUCCGCCCUCGGGACUACCUCAACGCCUGCUACCACCACUUAGCUUCUGCUUCCCAGCAGAAGUACUUUUUGGUUUUCGGGAACGGUACCAAGGACACGCCGCUCGAGUUUCACCUGCCCGACGUGCUGCCCGUGCUGAAGAAUAUUUCGGAUUAUACUAUGAUGAGGGUUCGGGAGCAGGAGGAGGACCCACUGUUGGAAGAGGGGAGGGAGUGGGUGGAGAGACUAGCAGAGGGAGGAGGGAAGAGUGCGAGAGAGAUGGGGUUUGUCACUCCUAUAGACGAGGGUUCAGUCAAGGAAGGGACGAUGCCCGAAGAUUUUAUCCGGGCAGAAAUGGACAAUCUGCACCUGAACAUGGGCUCGACCCACUCCCCGAACAUGCUUUCUCUCGAGUGCCCGGGCAACUCCUGCCCGGAUUUCUCGGGCAGCUGCGACAUACGGCCGGAUGCGUCUGCUUGCACGCCGGCCGCAGGAUGGAGGGAUGAGGGGUUUCCAAAGCCGCCCGUGCCGGUGAACUGCCCGAAGGAGGACCGGUCGCACAUGGGGCCUGAGGGAAGGAACGAGAGCUGCACACAUGCUGCUGAUUUCUUCUGGUUCGAGUGGCAGAUCUUCCAGGUGUACAAGCUGCGCAACGUGUACAUCAACGACGAGGGGCUCAUGUUCAACAAGACAACUCACUUCCACCGUGAGGGCUGCAACUGGGACAGCGAGUUUCAAUACAAGAAGGGAACGAAGAUAAAGAGGAUCAAGAGGGUGGUGAACCUGGUGUACAGGCAGGCCUCCUCCUUCUACCACGGGCUCAUCGAAUGGACGCCCCAGCUCCUCCUCCUCGCCUCCACCCUCCACACCGCCCCCACGCUUCCCUUGCUCGCACAUGCUGGCCAGUGGGACUUUUACCAACACGUUGCGCAGCCGCUAUUGGGCAAUGAUCUCUCAAAGACCGCUAUUCUGAAUAUCAGCGAUGGAGAGAUCUACUUUGCGGAAGAGGUCUAUGUGCCGCUGUACCAAGCGUGCGGCAAGGCCAGCCCGUCCAUCUGGACAGACAUUCGUCAUCGCUUCCUCCUGCCGCCCAAAGGCCUCCCAAUGUUCCGCAACAACCAAUGGGACGUGCGCCAUGUCAGCGCCCUCGAUUCUAAAAAUGCCUCCGUGGUGCCUCCUGAUUGGCUCGUCGUUGUCGCCCGCCGCCCGGGCGUCAAGAGGGCUCUGGAGAAGUUUGAUGAGCUGCUGGAGUCUAUAAAGAGAAUAUUCGGCCACACGCGCGUGCAAGUGUUUGAUGGGUCGCUGCCCAUCCUUCAUGCCGCCCCUCCCAUGCCGCCCCUCCCAUGCCGCCCCUCCCAUGUCGCCCCUCCCAUGCCGCCCCUCCCUAGCCGCCCCUCCCAUGCCGCCCCUCCCAUGCCGCCCCUCCCAUGCCACCCCUCCCAUGCCGCCCCUCCCAUGCCGCCCCUCCCAUGCCGCCCCUCCCUUGCCACCCCUUUAAGCAAAAUUGGAAAAAAAAAAAAUACAGCGCACAUUCUGUUCCGAAGGGAUCGUCUCUUUGUGGCAGCUCACGGGACAGCCAUGGCCAGCAUGGUCUUCAUGCCAGCCAACUCCCUCCCUCCCUCUCUCAUAGUCUACACCCCCUCUCAACGGCACUCUUUUUUUCCCACCUCUCCCCUUUUUCUGUCAGCGCGCAACCUGUUCUGA